GACUUAGCUGUUCAAUUUAAAAGGUGAUACAUUACUUCAUCGCUUCCGUUCGGAGGGAGUCAUUUAGCGCUUCACUGGAAUCCAUCCGUGUGUUAGUUCCACGUCAGCAGAUGAAGAAGACCAUUCACGAAUUGUCUGUAAUGCCACCUUGUUCUUCAUCAACUUUUAACGUGUUUGUGCCCUUCUUUGGCAUUCGAACACCAACAUUAUACUCUCGUCAUUAUCGUUCGCACCAAACCUCCGGUCAUUGUCCGUAUUUGACGUCCCCCUCCAUGCCUUGACAGUAUCCCCCUCUAUUUUACAGUGCUUGGAGGAAUUCCGUUUUCAGCUGUACGACCAAGCAUCCACCGCAUUGGACCUUCUGCCCCUCAUGAACAACCUGUGCAGACUAGACAUCACGUGUGAUGCAGACGUCGAGCAGUUCGAAUGUAUCAUUGAGCUACCCAUGGUUGCAAGUCUUACUCUUCGAGAUGGCGAGUCCUCUAAUGGACUACCAUUGGUGUGGUCCCUCCUCCGUCUUGAUAACUUGCAUACGUUGUCGCUGUCAUACGAAGGCAAUAUACUCGACCCUGCUUGGCCUCGCAUAUCGUUACCGAAUUAUGGUAUUACGACGUUCAAAAUUUCCUAUACCGACUCUGUGCAUAAUUUUGAUUUCCAUGAUAACGCGUCAAUUGGACUACUAUGCCAUCUUCCUAACAUCGAGUCGCUUCAUCUCACUCUCCCAUUCUUCUGCACUCGCCUUUUUGGCGAGCUACGAUCCAAUCCAAAGUUUCUUCCGCGGUUGGUUGAUAUCAUGUUCUUAUGCUGGGAUCUUCGGAAGGAUGCGGAUAUCAUGUAUAUAUGCCAUAUGUUGAAGUCCCGAUGUCGAGCUCUUGGGUGUGCAACAAUUUCCAAGCUAACCUUACACUGUUCUGAUCCCUUGAAGGUUCAUUCCCCCAUAACACCUGGUUGGGAAUCCUUGUUGAAGCCCGGUCUGAUUGUGUCCUGUAUAUAGUGUAUGUUGUGUAUAUAUUGAUAGUCUUGCACUUUAAAAAUACUUUUGUCGCUUUCACUGUUCUAUCCACGUGCAUUUUGAAAUACCUCGGAGACCAUUGCUUGUAUCAGUCGCAACCCGCCUCUGCGAGUGCUCCCGUUGUGUAUUUAGCAGGAAAACCGAUACACAAUGUUUGCGUCUUACGGUUAAGUGAGUACGUUGUAUUAUCCAUGUCGAUCA